AAGUUGGAUGAACUGUUGAUCAAAUCACAGAGGGGCGUUAAAGAGUUUUUACGACUAUUAUUAUGUGUGUGUUCCAUCUGUUCGUUUAGAAUGUUUUAUUUAAAACAAAACAGAAGCAACCUUUCCAAAUGACAAGGAGAGAAUCGCUAACUAUGAAAAUAUGAACAUUUUGCAAGUAUAAUUUUUAAGGUUAGGUUGUAAGUAGAGAAAUAUAACAGAUAUGUUAGUUCAAUGCGAUAUUGCUGCUUUAUAUAUAUUUUUAAAAAUAUUAACAUUGCACAAAAGUUCAAAACAAAUGUUACUAUAGUUUUAAAUCAUUGCUCAUUAAUAUGUUUUUGAAAUUCAUCAAAGAUCUUUCUGCUAGCGCCCUUAUAAUCGAAAACCAAUUAGAGACUCUUUAUAUGUAAAAAAGAUAUUUGGGCUGUAAAGAAUGAAAAACUAUCGUAGAAGAUAUGAAUAUGCCUGAGGACGAGUUUGUGGAGAAAACAUUUAUAUAUAAAUUUCCAACAUGUACUACAAAUCAAGAAUACGUAUUGGAAGUACCAUUAAAGAUACCAUAUGGAGGAAAUGUCAAGGAACUUAUGUACCGUAUAAUGUCAUCUUUUAAAUUACCAUGCUACGUAGAAUCAGAUCUAUUGCAAUCAUUGGAGUAUGCUAUUAAAACACUAACAUUAGAGUUUUACGACAAGAAAGCAGAAAAAGCUCUUGAAGAUGCAAUAUCAGGAAAUUUGGAUAUCGAAGAUAUUAUAAAAAACUGGGAAAAGACUUACAAGCAAAAGACAGCAGAAUAUGCUGAUCCUAUUGGAACAACAGAUGAAGAAUUAUUUGCUGCUGCAUAUCACAAAUUGGUACACUCUCCGUCACUAGAACCCAUUCUUCAAGCAGAACAUAAAUUUGGAAGAGAUGUAACUGAAGUUAUUCAAAUGAGAGAUUCUCACUAUGAACAACUUACUCAAAAGCAAACUGAGGAAAUGCGAGUCGCUGUAGAAUCUCUUGAAGCUGGUUCUACAGAAAAAUCUAUAAACGAGAUGGCGGGACGGCAUUUUGAGGAACAAAGUUUAUUACAAGGUCACUGGGGAUCAAGAGUCGAUGCAUUGAAAUUAGACCAAAGGCGACAAUAUCGUAACUGGAUCAUGAGGUUACUCGAAGAACAACAGACCAAUAUGUUACCGACUCCAGUGGGUUCACCAAUAUUAUCGAUGCCACCGAUACGACCGGCAUUAGACAAUUUUGUUCAUAGUGAAGAGAAGAACACGGCUGAAUAUCCUAUUUUGGAGGAAAGUUUUACCAUACAUUUAGGUUCUCAGAUGAAACAAAUGCACAAUAUACGUAUACUCACUGGCGAUGUUUUAGACUUUUGUAGAACAAAAAAAAGCGAUUCUGGAAUGGAUCCAACGCCUCAAAGACUACAGACUGCUCUAGGAUUGUAUUCUAAUGAUUUGUGUGGAUUAGUACUGCUGAGUGAUAAUCAUUUAGGAAGUUACUCGGGAAUAACAAAAGAAUUAUGUUCAAUAUGUCAAUUGACGACAGAGUUCCAUUUCCCACCAAUCGAUGAACAAUUAGAGAAAAUUCGAGAAGAUGUGAAGGAUGCUGUUGCCUGGAGGCAAGCACAUCACAGAGAAGGAAAUGAUUCACAAACAAAAAGGUCAACGGGUAGUAAAAGUUUGCAAACAGGCGAUGUUUAUAUUACAAGACAUUCAAAUUUAGCGCAAGUGCAUGUAAUUUUCCAUAUGGUUGUAAACGAUUCGUUGCGAUCUGGCGACAUCAAUUCGAGGCAUCCGGUCAUUUUAGGAUUGCGAAACAUUUUGAAAACUGCAUGUUGCAACGAUGUAACCACGCUAACAAUUCCUAUACUUCUCGUUCAUGAAAUGUCCGAGGAUAUGACUGUUGCGUGGUGUACAAAAAGGGCAGAACUAGUUUUCAAAUGCGUUAAAGGAUUCAUGAUAGAAAUGGCAUCUUGGGGUGGCGCUGAGUUAAAGAAUCUACAAUUUUUAGUACCAAAAGGAAUGUCAGAGGAAGUAUUUGGUACCCUAGCCACAAUGUUACCGAGCAUAUUCCGAGUAUCAAAUCCAUUGGUAUUUAAAGCGACAAGCACACCUCAGACUCCGAAAAAAUAAACGACUCUCUUGCCAUUGUUAUCGCAUACGCGUUAAAAAUAUUGAAGUAUUUGUUAUUAUAGUAUAUCACAUGUCUUGACGGCAAUAACUCGUUCUUAGCACGAACACGAUAUCGUUCGAUGAAUAAAUGCCUGACUCUUAAUGAGCUGUAUCAUUUAUGUUGUAUUCGCACAACUAAUUUUCCAAGAAUAUUAUACGCUAAUCUAAUUCCCUAUAUUUCCUUAAUAAGCUAACUCCAUCAAUGAUCAAUAUUCAUCACUGAUGACGUAAAUUAACUGAAGUAGAUACUUAAACGUGAUACUAUAAAUAUAGAAAUCUUGAUAAAAAUAGUUUAUUAAAUGAUUCUAUAUAUUUCUAUAAUUACAACUUGGAAUAAUCCAAUAAAG